UGCCAGUGUUUCUUUCUGGGUUUGGAACAUCUGCUGGAAAGAAAGGUUAAUGUUGCAGAGUUAGUGUUUAGUCUAAAAGCAGUCUGGUUACAGUCAUUUAAAAAAAACAACUCUUGUUUAUCUCCACGUACCAGAUUAGGAUGAGUGAUUAGGUCAUGUCUCUCUAAUUGAAAGCACAGGAUUCGCAUGUGCUAAGUGAAAUCACACAGGACACCGUUGCUUGUUAAUGCUAACUGCACACAAACACGCAAACCUAUCUUUAGAGUCCUUUAGGAAAGGCAAUAAUCAAUUUAGAGCUGGUUGGGAAAUCGGACAUUGAGUCAGGAAGCGCUUGGCUGAAUGAAAGUUUUGUUUUAAAUCUGAACUUUCUGCAGAAAUGUCACUUGUUAUGGAUGUCAGGCCUUAUUUAGUUGGAUGCCCUGUUUGGGUUUUCGGAACGAGCUCUCGCUGUUUUGCAGAGGAAUUUGACAAAAAGUAUUGAAAUUUGUCCUUGCUGGAGCAGGUCCAGCAUUUUUGUAUAGGAAGCUUGCAGUAAGCACAAACACAGAGACACACACUGUGUUUGUGUUCACAUGCAAACACAACUAUUCAGCCACCUUAAAGACAACACUUUUAGACGUGCCACCUUCCUUGGCAUACCUGCACUGUAUUUAGUAUGAAUUGAAUAAAGUCUUAAUGGCUUUUAAGGUGGCCUGAGCAAUUAAGCCUUUAUUAUUUUUCCUUUCACUUGUCUACUAGCUCUUCUCCCUAAAAAGGCACAAAAGAAUACCUGCAAUUGAUCUGGGCAGUGGCACCUUCCCCCUCCUGCUUUGGGAGGUUGGGGGAGUCACCGUAAAAAGGUGUUUUGUCUUUGAUGCAUAAUCCUCAUUGUUCUCCCCUUCUCAUUAACAAUACAGUUUUCUUAAGGCAGACGAGAGCGUAAACAUGAUUCUUCCUUCUUUAAAGCUCAGUCCACACCUGCGUGGCGUUUGGCGUUCAUACGUCGCCAUUCAAGGAAAUAUGGGGGACGUGUGUGAUGUAUGGCUCAUUGUUUUGGUCUUGCUGGAGUUAAAGGCUAGGGGUCAGUGGCCAGCUUGUGCUCCUCUGAUGUUGAGGUGUGCUCGAUGAAAUGGACAUCUGUGGCGGCCUCCCCCCCUCUUCCUUUGGAAACACCCAACCCCCCCUCCGUGGCACACCCUAGUAUCCCUCAGGCUGGAAUAAUUUCCUUCUGGCUGCAGAGUAGCAUCUGGUUCCACAUCAGCAGCAGACAGUGGCAUGUGUAGGCACUUUUAUGUCUGCAUGCAUGGUACUGGCCAUGCAUAAUGCACUGCUGCAUUCCAGAGAUCGUGUCACCAUUGAAUGGUGGUUUUGAGUCGGCGUAGGCGAAGGCAAACACUGGGUGUGAAACUGUGUUCUGUGUCUUUUGUUAAGCACGUUCUGAGAAAAUAUUCCAAUAAUAGUCCACACCCUUCAGGGUUUGGCUGCUGUAAUGGUUUUCAUUCGCCGCUAUUGAAGAUUGCAAGAGAGUUUAGUUGCAAGUUAGAAAGUGUGACAACAGCAAUCGCGAUAAUGAAACUGUAUACAGGAAAGCUGUGAAGAUUCCCAAGGUGCUGGCCCCCGCAGCUAUGACUGAUAUUGCUGAGAGAGCAGGAAGCUUAGUGAUCCGGCGCUGUCAUGCUAUCGACAGCUUGUUUGAUGUUUUGAAAAGGUUCCCAGCGUUGUGUUCCUGAGAGCAGGGAGCUGGGAGGUAAUGGAGUUGGGAGACGACGCCUACAUACAGUACAUUCUGUCGCUGCGGAGAAUAUCACGGUGUGACACAGCUGACAGGAGGAGGGCAUCCUUCAUCUGAGAUAAAGUAGUCAUUCUUUUGUCAAAUGCUCAGCUGGGUUUGUUUAAAGAGGAUAGUUUUUCUUUUGUCAGCCUGACGUCACUCAACGUUUGAUAGUUCACUGACUGGAUAAACAGGAAGAAGUCCCAGCUCCUCUUAUUUAUGUCCCCGGGAUGCAAACUGUCUUCGCUGUUAACCUACGUGUGGAGUUUUUGUCACCCGGGGCUGAAUAAAGGAGUGCACUGGCUGAACCUGCAGUCCCCAUUCACUCCUUAGAGAAGUGGGGGAAGAAAAAAAAAAAAGGGGCUCCUCAACACUCGUCAACAAUAGACACACUCCCACAGAUGCACACACAGUCACUACCCUAACCUCCCCUUCCCCCAUCUUCUCUCCCCUUACCCACCGCCCCCCACAAAUUGUCCCCCUCCCCCUCCUCAGCGAUUGUGUGCACUGAGGCUUUCCAGAGGCGCGAUCUCGGGGCUCUCGCUCUCCGCCGGUGAGCAGUGUUUGACUGCUGCGACAGGGAGGAAAGGGAAUACGAGCAGUUUCGCUUUACGCUCAGAUGGAGACAGCCUGUCACUGGCAUGUGCCAAAGUGAAAUAGGUCUUGAAUGCGAGCCCUGUCUCUCCAGCCUUUGCAGCAUCUUGCGUUCGCUUUUUUUUCCUUCACCUUCAGUGUUGAUCAUGCUAGAUGGAGAGAGAGAGAGAGACAGAUUGCUCUUGACUGGUGAGCAGAGAGGGAGGAGGUGACAGGCUGGUUGUGCUGGAUGACCAGAUUUUAUUAUAUAUUUUUUUAACAUCUGUCAUGCAAACCUUUCACGACUGUACCAGUAAUAACAGUGUGACUGAGCCACGUUGGAAGAGCUUCUGUACCUGCAGGAUCUUCCCAUUCAGAUUAUGACGUGUACUGCGACCUUAGCCCCGGGCGUCUCGCUCAACCGUUUCAGCUGUGUGAAGGAACGUGAAAAGAAGAUUUAAUGAAUCAGUAUUCGCUAGCCGACGUGAUGACGGACAAAGGAAACUUCACAGUUCCAAAGUUAUCAGAGUCUAAUAUGGGCUUUGGCGUGCUGGGGGUGUUUCUGGGGCUGCUCCUGGAGGUUUCCACACACGGGCCCCACGGUGUGCCUCGCACUUCCUGGCGACAUCAAGAUUUAGAUCUGAUGGAGUUUUCAGAGCCAGGCAUCUUCAACUACUCCACAUUACUGCUGAGUGAAGAAAGGGAUGCGCUGUAUGUGGGAGCAAGAGAGGCCAUCUUUGAGCUCAGCAAGAAGAAUGUGAGCGUCAGAAACAAGAAGGUUCAGUGGCCAGUUACAGAAAAAUCUAUGAAUAUGUGCACGCUGAAAGGAAAAUCAAAAGAGAGGGAGUGUCUAAACUACAUUCGAGUGCUCCAAGCAGUAGAUGACACGCGGCUGUAUGUCUGCGGCACACACGCCUUUCAGCCUCAGUGUGAUUACUUGUACUUUGGCAACUUCUCACUUCACGGUAAACCCGAGGACGGCAGAGGGAAGUGCUCCUUUGACCCCUCGCAAAGCUUUACUACUGUCAUGGCUGAUGGAGUGCUGUACUCGGGGACAGCUUAUAAUUUCUUAGGCAGUGAACCGAUUAUAUCCAGAUACUCCCCAACCCAGUCUCUGCUGAGGACAGAGUACUCCACAUCAUGGCUUAAUGAACCCAGUUUCGUUUUCGCCGACGUGAUCAGAGAAGGGGAAAAUGGAGCAGAUGGCGAGGACGACAAAAUCUACUUUUUCUUCACCGAGGUGUCGGUGGAAUACGAAUUCUUUGGCAAGCUGUUCAUCCCCAGGGUGGCGCGUGUCUGUAAGGGCGACCUUGGAGGGCAGCGCACUCUGCAGAAAAAGUGGACGUCCUUUCUGAAAGCCAAGCUGGUGUGCUCCAUGCCUGAGCUCAACUUCGUUUUCAACGUGGUUCGUGACGUUUUCAUCCUGAAGGGGACAGACCGCAAAAACACGAUCAUCUACGGAGUCUUCACCUCUCAGUGGGGUAACGUGGGUUUGUCAGCCGUGUGUGCCUACGAGAUCAAGGAUGUGGAAGACGUCUUCUCCAAGGGCAAGUACAUGCAGAAGGCCACGGUGGAGCAGUCCCACACAAAGUGGGUACGGUACAACGGCAUUACUCCAACUCCACGUCCUGGAGCUUGUAUUAACAACCAGAUGCGACUGCAGAACAUGAACAACUCGCUCCACUUGCCCGACAAAACCCUUCAGUUUGUUAAGGACCACCCCCUGCUGGAGGAUCCCAUCCUGCCCAUCCACAACAGGCCCCGCCUCAUCACCAAAGACGUCAAUUACACCCAGAUUGUCGUGGAGAGGGUCCAAGCACUUGACAAAAUUACUUAUGACGUCAUCUUCACUGGAACAGAUAAGGGUGUCCUGCACAAGUCGGUGCUGGUUGAAGAUGAGGUUCAUAUUGUGGAGGAGAUCCAGCUCCUGAAGAACGCUGAACCCGUCAAAAACCUGCUGCUGUCCUCAGAGACACAGUGCCUGUAUGCUGGGUCAGACCUGGGUGUAGUCCAGUCUCCUACAGCUUUCUGUGGCAGGUAUUCAUCGUGUGUGGACUGCAUCCUGGCACGAGACCCCUACUGCGCCUGGCACCCGAAGACUGCCACAUGUGUCAACAUCUUUGACACUGCCAGCCAAACACUCAGGGGGCUGAUCCAGAGCAUGAAAGGUGAUGCAAACAUGUGUCCUUCAGUGCCAGUUCUGUUUCGGAAGGACUACAGGCAUGUGGCGGUGAAACUGGGGAGCUCUGCCGAGCUGCCGUGCCUGGUACAUUCCAACCUGGCCCAGGUGAUGUGGAAAUCUAAUGACUCGGUUCUCACCGAGGCCUCUCGCUUCCACCUCAUAGCCGAAAACGGGCUCCUCAUUUACAGCGUGGCUCCAGAGGACCAAGGGUACUAUGAGUGCUGGUCCGUGGAGUGGUCUCCCGCUGCUGGCAGGAACUUCAGCCGCCUGCUGGCCGGAUACACCCUGACUCUGGAUCUUCUGCCCAGACCGCCGCACCAGGCGGGGCAUGUCGUCACCACCACCCUCGGUGGCCACGACGCAGCUACCACGGGUGCAGCUGAAGCCUCCUCUCCUGUCGCCACUUCAUCUUCCCUGUCCUCUUCUGGAGGUAGCACUCCCUCUGCACUCCCUUCCUCCUUUCCCCAUUCCUCUUCUCCCUCCUCCACGAAGCCCCAUAACGCGGAGGCUCGGGAGGCCGAAGUGAGACUAUUGCCUCCCCUGCUGAAGGACCAGGCCUGGGGGGUUCACGCGCAGGAGGCCUUCCUUCUCUUCUGCCUCGCCCUGGGUCCCAGUGAUGUCCACAUUCACUGGCUAGUAAAUGGACACAGUCUGGACACCCCCAUAAAGGAGUACCGCCGGCCGCUUGGUCAGAGGGAGGUUUUAGUGAGCAGCUGGCUCCAAGAGGGGCCGCUGAUCAAGGACGCACGGUAUAACUGUGUUGCUGAGGCCAGCACAGGAAAUGACGUGUCUGAAGUUGACCUCCGGCUCUCUAUUGGAGAUGAAGAGAACAUUCCAACCCGAGAUUUGAGCCAGUGGAGAGGUGCGCUCGCAGAGCACGAGCAACUGCUAAAGAGAUGGGAAAAGGCCUGGGUAGGUCUGAGUGUGCUGUCUUCUCCGGUCAGUCGCCUGGAUUGUGUUUGCGUCACGUGCGUCGGUUUUAACCUGCUCUGCAUGUUCAGCUUUAGGCUGCCAGGCUGUUUUCGUCAAGAGUACUGGAGAAGUGCAAAGUCCAGGUUUUUAUAGCAGCAAUAACACGAAACGAGGGAUGCGAAGAAAGAGUUAGUUCAAAUGAAAUGAGGGUCUGAUUUAAGGGCUUUGAAGCUUUGAAGUGCACUUGUUUAAAUACACCAAUCAUUAACCUUGACUACAGCUUUAAAUGCCUUUAACGUCAUGUAUCUAACGGUGUUGUACGAAUCGCAUGUUCUUUUAACCAUAUUUUGUAAAUUGCACGAGUAACUAAAAGCUUAUGUUCCUUUUAGAGAAGCUGCUAAUGAGAUUCCUCCUUCAAUACAGGCACGUGUGAGUCUUGUGACAUUUAACUAAAUUUCCUAAAUGUCUUGAUGUUGCUGAAUUCACUGGACAUUUUUGACUAAUAUCUAACUAAUAUCAGUCUGUCUUCCUAGAGAGAAAACAAUACCUAUAGGUCACGAAUGGGUUAACUUAAGUAUCGCCAGAUACUUAAGCUGAUUAAAAGCAGUGCAUUGGUUAUUACAGAAUUUUAAAGUCAAUGACUCAGUACUUUUCUCGUGGCUUUAAAAUGGGGGAAAUAAUUAUUUGAUCUCUUGCUUAAUUUGUAAGUUUGCUCAUUUACAAAUAAAUGAAAGUGUCAUAUUUUUAUGGCAGUUUAAUUUUAAUGGAGGCAAGUAAUAAGUCAUGAUUUGCUUGGGGAUCAAAUACUUCUUUUACAUUAUAUAUGUGUCUUUUCUGGGUUUUUGGUUAAUAGUCUGCCUCCAUUAAAAUUAUACUACUAUGAAACUUAGACUGUUACCUUCGUUGGACGUGAGCAGGGGAUCAAACAAUUAUUUCCCCAUCUGCAUGUGCAGUUGUUGAAAUGCAUCAGUACUACUCCCAGCAUUUCUCUUGUGUAAUUAAAUCGCACUGCUUGCGUAGUACAGCUGUGUUUUUCCCC